AGGGCUGAGGGGGCGGGAGGCCGGGCGGGCCGGGGCUGCGGGCCGGAGUUCGCUCCGCGGACAGGGGGCGGAGCCGGAGCCGGAGUCGCCGGAGCGGACGGGAGGCUGUCGCACUGGGACCUGGGAGCCCUCGCGCUGCCCGCCAUUCGCCUCUGAGGAACCUAGAAGGAUUGUGCGAUGAAUGGUGACACUCGGGCUGCAGUGGUGACCUCACCACCCCCGACCACAGCCCCUCACAAAGAGAGGUAUUUCGACAGAGUGGAUGAGAACAAUCCAGAAUACUUGCGAGAGAGGAACAUGGCACCAGACCUUCGCCAGGACUUCAACAUGAUGGAGCAAAAAAAGAGGGUGUCCAUGAUUCUGCAAAGUCCCGCUUUCUGUGAAGAAUUGGAGUCAAUGAUACAGGAACAGUUCAAGAAGGGGAAGAAUCCCACAGGCCUGUUGGCAUUGCAGCAGAUUGCAGAUUUCAUGACCACAAACGUACCCAAUGUCUACCCGGCAGCUCCACAGGGGGGAAUGGCGGCCUUGAACAUGAGUCUUGGUAUGGUGACUCCUGUGAAUGACCUGAGAGGGUCUGAUUCUAUUGCCUAUGACAAAGGGGAGAAGUUACUGCGGUGUAAACUGGCAGCGUUUUAUAGACUAGCGGAUCUCUUUGGAUGGUCUCAGCUUAUCUACAAUCAUAUCACAACCAGGGUGAGCUCUGAGCAGGAGCAUUUCCUCAUCGUACCUUUUGGACUUCUCUACAGCGAAGUGACUGCAUCCAGUUUGGUUAAAGUCAAUCUACAAGGAGACAUAGUAGAUCGUGGGAGCACUAAUCUGGGAGUGAACCAGGCUGGCUUCACGUUGCAUUCCGCCAUUUAUGCCGCACGCCCGGACGUGAGGUGUGUCGUGCACAUUCACACACCGGCCGGCGCUGCGGUCUCUGCGAUGAAGUGUGGCCUCUUGCCCAUCUCCCCGGAGGCACUUUCCCUUGGAGAAGUGGCAUACCACGAUUAUCAUGGGAUUCUGGUCGAUGAGGAAGAAAAAAUUUUAAUUCAGAAAAAUUUGGGGCCUAAAAGUAAGGUUCUUAUUCUCCGGAAUCACGGUCUUGUGUCUGUUGGAGAGAGCGUUGAGGAGGCCUUCUAUUACAUCCACAACCUUGUGGUUGCGUGUGAGAUCCAGGUUCGAACUCUGGCAAGUGCGGGAGGGCCAGACAAUUUAGUCCUCCUGGAUCCUGGAAAGUACAAAGCCAAGUCCCGGGCCCCUGGGUCCCCAGCAGGGGAAGGCAGCGGAUCACCACCCAAGUGGCAGAUCGGUGAGCAGGAGUUUGAAGCCCUGAUGCGGAUGCUGGAUAAUCUGGGUUAUAGAACUGGCUACCCUUACCGAUACCCUGCUCUGAGAGAGAAAUCUAAAAAAUACAGCGAUGUGGAGGUUCCUGCCAGUGUCACAGGUUACUCCUUUGCUAGUGACGGUGAUUCGGGCACGUGCUCCCCUCUCAGACACAGCUUUCAGAAGCAGCAGCGAGAGAAGGCAAGGUGGCUGAACUCGGGCCGGGGCGACGACGCGUCUGAGGAGGGGCAGAGCGGCGGCAGCCCCAAGGCGAAGACUAAGGUGUGGACGAGCGUUGCACACGAUCGCGUGAAACCCUUGCUGCAGUCUCUCUCGUCCGGUGUCUGCGUGCCAAGCUGUAUUACCAACUGCUUGUGGACUAAAGAGGAUGGACACAGAACUUCCACCUCUGCUGUCCCUAACCUGUUUGUUCCAUUGAACACUAACCCAAAAGAGGUCCAGGAGAUGAGGAACAAGAUUCGAGAGCAGAACUUGCAGGACAUUAAGACGGCUGGCCCCCAGUCCCAGGUGUUGUCUGGUGUGGUGAUGGACAGGAGCCUUGUCCAGGACGCACCCCUCUCUGACUGUACGGAAAGAAUCGAAGGGCUCGAGCGUACAGAGCAGACCUUUAGUCCCGCUAAGUCUCUCUCUUUUAGAAAGGGUGAGCUAGUGACGGCCUCCAAGGCCAUCAUUGAGAAGGAAUACCAGCCGCACGUCAUCGUGAGCACCACCGGCCCCAACCCCUUCAACACGCUCACGGACCGCGAGCUGGAGGAGUACCGCAGGGAGGUGGAGCGCAAGCAGAAGGGCCCCGAAGAGAAUCUGGACGAACCGAGAGAAGAGCAAGAGAAGAGCCCUCCGGAGCCACACACACCUCCCAGCUCCCCGGUCAAGCUGGAGGAAGACCUGCCGCAGGAGCCGCCCUCCGGAGAUGACAGUGACGCCGCCACCUUCAAGCCGACUCUGCCCGACCUGUCCCCCGAUGAGCCUUCAGAAGCGCUCGGCUUCCCGACGUUGGAGAAGGAAGAGGAGGGGCUGGGUGAAGCCGGGGGCCCUCCAAGCCCCCCUGGGUCCCCCACCAGGUCCCCCCUGGCGGCCAGCCCUGAGCCAGCCCCAGCCCAGGCAGCUGAGGAGGCCGCCUCCCCAGUGGCCGAGGACCCUGGCAGUGAUGGGUCUCCGGGCAAGUCCCCGUCCAAAAAGAAGAAGAAAUUCCGCACUCCUUCCUUCCUGAAGAAGAGCAAGAAGAGGAGCGACUCCUGAAGGCCCUUCCUGCACAUACCGGUGCGGCCAGACUGUCCUGGUCGCGUCGCGUGUCCCGCCUCCCUGUGUAAUGGAAUGCAGAGGCCCGUCCCUGUGUAGCUAGCGCAUCCCUCCCGGUGUGACCAGCCCCCACGUAGACCGGUGCUAACCUCGUGUGCGUGCAGCGGCCUGGCCCGCGGCCUCAGGUUCUGGGGGAGACGUGGGCUCCGCGUCCAUCUCUGAGCCAGCCCUGCCCUGCAGGGGUCAGCACUGGGGCCCCUCUUUAGCUCCUUGAGGACACUGUCCCCCGGGAGCUGAGUCAGGGUCCUAGCUGGAUGGGGGCAGACCUGCCCGCUCUGGCCUUCCCCACUCCUGCUCUCCUCCUCUCGUGGAGUAACCCGCGCCCCAUCUCUGCUAGGCUCUCCUUCACCCCCAGGUCUCAGGUGACUGAAUCAGACCCGUAGCUUCCUGCUGGUGUUGCCUGGUCAGUGAUCUUUGUUCAGAUACACAGCCUCGGUCCUGUGAAAGCGCCCCGACAGCCCAGGCCCUGGGAUGGCCUUGGAGAGGGUCAGGGCUGAGCCGGCGCCCCAGUAGCUUGUGGCGCAGCUGGUGCUGGUCUCCAGUCCCCUCGGCCAGAACCAGACCCGGGGCCACGCUUCCCCCUGGGGCCUCCUGACCGGUCGUAGGGAUGCUUCCCCGGGGGGCGGCCCUGUGGACCUCCCCAGCAGACCUGCAGCUCCCGCAGCACCGGCAGCAUGCAUGGGCUGCGCUCUGCUGCUGUCUGUCCUGGGGAGGGCCCGGCACUGAGGCGGGCCUGCGCCCAGCUUGGCCUGGGGCGCUCCUUCCCUUGGUUAAAGGGCAGCUCGGGGCAGGAGUUGGCCCCAGAGGUCCACUGACGUCCUGCAGGCACCACAAGGCCCCUCCCGCCCUCCAGCACCGCAUCCCUGGAGCAGAGCGUGGGGCUGCUUGGCUGGAACUUGGGGUGGCCGGGGUCUCCUUGACAGUGGGCUGUCCCAGGAGCUCAGGGCCAGCCUGUUGCGACAGGCCCCUGGGGGGGUGGGGCCCGAGGCCGGCUGCAUGGCGCUGACCUCCGCUUCGAGCUUCCCGCCAGCUUCCCUGUCGUCUUGUCCCGGUGGUGGUGGAGCCCCCCAGCCUCGCCCUGCACUCUUAACCACAGGCUCCUCCUCCCUCCUCUCACCCCACAUAUGCAAUGACUUUAAUUUCAUUUUGUAGUUUAUUUUAACUCUUUGUAUCUCAACAUGAAGUUUAGUUGCAUAUACAGACACAGGCUUGGGAGGACAGGUCCUACGGCCUCUCUUCAUUGUAACAUGUUUUACUCACAAAUAAAACUCUUUACGCAGUUUCCUUGUCUAA